AUGGGCCCUCCGAACCUGAACGAGAAAGAUUUAACAGUUGCAUCUCUCGUUAACCAUGAUACCAUGACCUGGAACUCUACAAAGAUCAACAAGAUCCUACCUCUCUACGAGACCACCAUCAAAUGCUUCAGAUUAAGUAAACAUGGAGCACAAGACUGUCAUAUCUGGCUGCCCACAAAGUCAGGUAUCUGCACAGCAAAAACGGGCUAUCAUGUGGCGAGAGCUUUACAGAAUCUCCCCGAGGAACACAACCAAGCACAAGUAAACUGGAUGGCUGAUAUUUGGAAUGGAAGAUUCUCACCAAAACUUAAAGUGUUCCUCUGGAAAAUCAUCCAAAAGGCGAUCCCCAUCGGUGAAAACCUCCUCCACAAAGGCCUCCUUGAGAACUUUCUCGCAAACCCUCUCCAACUCAAAAGCAUUGCUGUGCCUCCCCCAACAGGUAUAUGCUCUGGACCCAUUUUUCCUUGGGUUUGCUGGGCCAUUUGGACAGCACGAAACCAUCUCCUCUUCGAAGACAGAGGUUUCUCCCCAGACGAAGCAAUCCUCAAGGCCCUGUUAGCGGCAAAAGAAUGGCAACAGGCUCAGCAAUUGGAAACCCCAAACCCGCGAAAUGGAUCGCAUCAAACCAGAGUAAUGCAUGCAGACACAAUUACCUGUCACACGGACGGAGCUUGGAAUCCCGAGACAAAAAUUGCAGGAGCAGGCUGGAUCUUCCACAAUCAAGCCGACGACAGACUGGAUUCGGGCCAAGGGGCUGAACCAUUCGCCAAUUCCGCAAUCAUGGCAGAAGCAAUCGCCAUCAGAUCAGCCCUCCUCCAGGCAAUCGACAAGGAUUACCUCAAGAUCUGCAUCAAAUCUGACGCUCAGGACUUAGUCCGAGCCUUAACAUCACAGGAGCAAGUUAAGGAGAUCUACGGACUCCUCUUCGACAUAAAAACUCUCGCAUCUUUCUUUACUGCAAUUUCCUUCGUCUUUAUCCCUAGAUCUGCGAAUUUUGAAGCUGAUGCUCUCGCAAAACUCGCUUCGCGUGAUCUCGCUCCUAGACUUAAUAAACCCGGUCUGACUGGUUUAACCGCUGCGGUUGCGGUUGCGGGAGUUUGCGGCUGCGGGAGUUUGCGGAAGCGGGAGUUUGCGAUUAAAAGCUGUUUGUACGACUGGUAUAGCAAUUCAUAG